CGUGUCCACAACCUACAGUGGACAACAUCAUGUGAGGAAUGUCCAACAUGCGGGCACACAGCGAUGGCGGCAUUCCGUGAUGACGUCGACGAUGGAGACAUUGAGGACAUGGAGGCAGUGGACGACGACGAUGAAGUCAAAAUUCGGACGUUGGGGAAGACAACAGGGAGGGCGAAAGGAUGCGGCAGACGUGGUGGUCGUGGUCGAUCCAGUGGGCGGGGCGGCAGAGGAGGCGCAUCCGACGAUGGUGGGAAGCCGGCGGCAUAUUGGUCGACGGAUAACCAAUUGCGGCUUGUGAGAUGUAAGAGGGAGCAAGACAUGCACCUGGCAGGGCUGGGUCACAAUUACGGCCGAAUGCGAACGAAGGAGUGGAAAUGGGAUGACAUUGCGAAAUGGAUGGCCAACAUGGGGACGCCAAAAGAAGCCGAUGACUGUUCCAAGAAGUGGGACAAUCUAUUUCAGAACUACAAGAAGAUACAAAGAUUUGAGGGGAAGAGCGGCGAGGCAGAUUUCUUCAAGUUGUCGAACGAAGAGCGGAAGGAGCACAAUUUCAAGUUCAGGAUGGAGAGGAUGCUGAACAAUGAGAUCCAUCGAGCAUGCCAGGCAACCACACCAUUUUCCCUCCCAACAUCGCCAACACUGGUAGUCCGGAAGGGGUGCAGUUGCCGAGGCGAGGAGCGGGAGGUGGGGAGUCUGUUGGAAGUGAAGCCGGCCGUGAUGGCGGCGCAGAUGACCGUUCCUCGGCUAGGGACUCUGAUCAAAACGCAGGCGCCCGAAUGGACGGGGAUGGGUGGGGAAGACCAAGCAGGACCGAUGAUAAUGACGUCUUCUCGACUGCCGUUGAAAGUUCGUGCAAUAGUUGGGGGGUCAGCUGCACAGGCGACGACUUGCGACGAGCGCAGCAUCAACGUCGAAGUGAAUGAAGAUGCGAGGGUGGACGAUAGCCAAGGCGGUGUGGUGCCCGAACGUAACGCAAUGCAGCCGGUUACACUGUCAACGACGCCACGUCAACAGCGCACAAUUGUGGCUAUAGGGGGAGCGAUGCCCAGACAGGCAGUCCCACUUCCAGCAACGCCACGUCAGCAUCACGCGGGCGAGAAUGUCGGAUCUGGUGUUGCGGCCGCCACUGCGACGACGGUGGAACCGCCGCAACCCCGCCACGCAGGUGCGGACGUAGGAGUUGUGCAAGGAGCACCGCAGGUGGGGACAGGGGAAGGCUGCACGGAGGAGGACGUGGCGAGCGCAAUGGAGGUUGCGCGUGCGGAGAAGAAGAGGGCGAGCGAGGAUGACGAACCUCUCGUUAACAGGGUGCGCAAAGGCGGACUGGCGAAAGAUCUGGCGGAGCAGGUGAGACUGUGGGUCGAUGACAAAUCAUUGUGGACAUCAGAGGAGGGGCACAGACUCUACAAUAUCAUCAACGAGGCACGUGAGCACCUCGUCGUCGUCACAAGCGGGCUUCCACUCGCGAACGUCCUGAGAAGUGUCGCCAUGCCCAGAUCCAACAUCGCGGAGAUCAGGAUCACGGAUGCAGGGCAGUAUGACAGUGAACUUCAUCAUUACGACGAUGAUGACGAUAAUGACGAUGAUGAUGAGGAUGACGAUGAUGAUGAUAAUGAUGAUGAUGACGGCCACGGUGACGACGAUGAUAAUCACGACCGUGAUGACGAGUUGGCGAUGUGGGAGAAGUUGGGAAAGGCCUUGCAUGGUGGUCGUCAUUGGUUGUAGGUGGCACUAUAUUUUCCAUAAUUUUGGUUUAACUAGCAUUGUAG